AUGCCGCUGCAAAUCCGUCCAGGAAAACUCUCCGACGCAGCAGCCAUCGCAGAAAUCUACCUCUCAGCAUUCAACAACAAUGCAAUAUCCCUCCUCGCUUUUCCGCGCGAUAACCCAGCAUCCUAUAAUUGGUGGUACGAUAGCAUUAUUGAGGAAUUCGCAGAUCCUCAUGCGCAUUUCCUCUGUAUCUACGACUCUCCUACUCCCACCCCCAGCUCACCACCUUCCCAAUCCCCCAUAAUCGCAUUUGCAAAAUGGACCGAUGCAGAUACUCCUACUCAAAAUAGUGCGAUGCCGAUGCCGAAAUGGCCCGAAGGAGGCGAUCACGAGAUCGCCGAGCUCUUUUUCGGGACGCUGGCUAGGAAGCAUGGCGAGGUUAUGGGAGGCAGGAGACAUUGGUUUCUAGAGGCUCUGGCGACGAGGCCGGAGUGGCAGGGGAAGGGGGCGGCGGGGAUGCUGAUGAGGUGGGGGUUAAAGCGCGUGGAUGAGGAGGGGACGGAGGCGUAUCUUGAGGCUAGUCCGCAUGGGAAGCCGGUUUAUGAGCAUUUUGGGUUUAGGGAGGUUGAUCGGUUGGUUUUGGGGUUGGAGGGGCAGGGAGAGGGAGUUUUGGGUGAGAGGGAGUUUGUGGAGUGUUUUAUGGUGAGAGAUGUUGGCAAGGAAAGGGGGAUAGAUUUAAGUAUAUAA